AUUUUUUCGUUCGCUUUUUUGAACGCCAAAAGAUGUUGGAAGAUAAGCUCGUCGUCUGCUCCACCGCCUUGUUCACGUACUUGCACAUCUAUCACAUCGUAAAGUCAAGAUCAGGCACUGAAGCGGCGCCAGAGAUGCAACAGAAGGUGCAGCAGCAGCAGACAAAACAGGAGGAACAGCAACAGCAGCAGGAAGUUCGUCAGGAUGAGCCUCAGGAGAAUGACAAAGAGCAGCCGCAGGAGAGAGACGAAGAGCAGCCUCAGGAGAGAGACGAAGAGCAGCCACAAGAUCAGCUGCAAGAGGAGCAAGUUACUCAACUAUUUUCGACUCUUCGCAACAAUUUGGUUCCAGCCGCAAUGGGACUCACCGCUGUCUGUGUGCUCAAGGCAAUCAUCAACUAAAAAUGCUCAAUAAAUAAAUCGCCAGUCCAGCCCUGGUCUAAUUAUUUCUCCAUCUGCAAAAUUGCUUUGAAUGGGAAACAACAUUUUCCAAAUUUGGAGUAGUCUUGUGGAAGGAGAGUAAGGAGCCAAGGCCUAAGCGAAAAGGAACUCCAUAUUGCUUUUCUCGUGAAGA